AUGCGCAUGCGACUUGCUGCCGCGCGGCGUCCGGUGUAUUUAACGGCACACGGGAAAAAGAGCGACACCUCACCUCCAUCGUGCAGUAUCGAGUCACACAAGAGACCCACACAAAUGGAGAGAAGAAAGAGACUACUUACGUCGCUCGGAGCUGCGCUUUGGUUGCUCAUAUUACUAGUUAGCGCGGACGUCGCGGAUUGUCAAGAUGACUUGGGCUUGGGCUACUACUCACCCAACGCAGAAUACGACAACUGUCGGACGUGCCCUGACCAAGGACUGGUCAUUGGAGAGGAAGAAUUGCUGUGUCGCUGCGACUCUAACUGCACGCUCUACGGAGAUUGCUGCAAUUCGCACGUUCAGUCGUUGAAUGGCGGUGACGACGACGUCGCGGACCAGUUGAACGGCUUGCUAGAAUGUCGCAGCGUCUACCUGGACGAGCGGACCCAGCCAGGCUGGGAGGAAUCGUUCUGGAUGGUGUCGGAAUGUCCCGCCGACUGGCUUGCCGGGAGAGACGACCAGCUACUUCUGGACAUCCUCAACAACUGCUCGAGAGGCAGCGACGAUCUACCGCCUGUCACCGACCUGCAGACGGGGCUGGUGUACAAGAACGAGUACUGUGCCGUGUGCCACCAGGUCGGGAGCUUCAGACAGUGGGGCUACACCUUUGAAUGCAACCAACAGCUCCGUCUACUGACCGAGCAGCCAGACUUCCAGAUCACACUGGACGUUGUACAACAGUGGUGUCUCGUAUGCCGAUUCCGAGACCCUCACGAAACAAACCCAACUGUUCCAGCAGCCAGGGCGUGCGUCCAUCCCUCUCUGGUAGAAGAUUCUUGUCUCGAGCGAGAGCGUCUUGAGGCAAUGACUGAUGUUCAAAUCUCAGAGCAGGUCUAUCAACAAGAGCUGGUGAGCCAGUGCAAGAGUGGACACCUUAGCCCCGUUGUGGCAAAAAGCUCUUCCAAACCUUUCCGUAACCAGUACUGUGCACUGUGCAAUGGGAUCAGAGUUAGAACGCUGGCAUGUGUCAGUCCAUACACGUUCAGAGAUGAAACCAACCACUGCGAGUUAGAAGCUGCAACAAUGGCGCCAACCAUAGAACCCCCUGAACAAACAGAACCCCCUACGACUACACCCACCACCCAAACCCCUACCACUACACCCACUACCCAACUGCCCACGAAACCACCUCCUACCAACCAACCCGGGAAAAUCAACAUCACCGGCGAAUUUUUCAAUAUCGAACUUCCUUUGGUUUUGGCACGGCCUCCUCCACAAGGUUUAAUUAUUGAAAAACCAGAGAUUAUACCGCCACCAUUCACAGUGUUUGUGGACCCAGACAGAAACUCCCAGACCAUUACUGUGGGUCAGACGACAGUCAGCGUCACCACCACAUGCGAAGACGGAGAGGUAUUUGAUCACAUCAACCGGAAAUGUCGCAAAACGGCCUGCCCGGAAGUGGCCCGAGGGGAGCCCUGCAUACUACCAGCACAGCUCGAUGAGAGCAUCGCUAUCAAUGGUACAAACGGUACUCUGAACAACAACAACUCUCUUUCUUGCGACGAAGAAGAUGAAUCUCCCAUUCCACUUGACGAUUCGGAGUUUAUUCUGCUCGACAACGAAACUUUAGAGUUUGGGGGAGAGAUUUUUGAAAUCAUCGGCUACAGCAACGGCUCGGCAGUCAUCUGCACAAACUUCUCGCAGAACGGAACGUUCGAGGUGAACGUGACGGUUCUCUCCUACUCCUAUCCAGUAGGUCUCACCGUCCUGACCUACGUGGGUUGCUCGCUCUCCGUGAUUGGCUGUGCGGUAGUUCUGUUGACUUACUCUCUAUUCAAAGAGCUGCGGACACUGCCAGGGAAGAUUCUGAUGAACCUCUCUGCCGCCAUACUGGCCACCUCUCUCUUUCUCGUGGCUGUGAUCCGACUGUUUGCCCUGUCGGGGAAAGAGGAGCUCUGUCACACAACCGCCAUCUUCCUCCACUGGUUCGUCCUCUCCGAGUUCUCCUGGAUGACCAUCAUGAGCGUCGAGCUAGCACGGACACUGGUUCGAGCGUCACGCCUGAGACCGACUGAGAGUGAUAAGGUGAAACGGAAGAUAUUCCUCAUCUACUUGCUGAUUGGAUGGGGCAUCCCUACCAUUGUGGCAGGGCUGAGUGUGGUUCUCAACUACACCACAGACUACAUCCAAUACGGGGAAGACGGAUUCUGCUGGAUCGGUGACCGAAACUCUUUCUUUGCCGUUUUCCUGACUCCGGUGGUUCUCUCACUGCUACUGAAUGCCGCAGCGUUCUUUGUGACCAGCUACCUGCUACUCAAGGCACAGCGAGGCGAGGCCAAGCUCCAGAAACAACACAGCACCUCUUACUUCCGCAUCCACCUGAGCGUCUUUUCCGUGACUGGACUCACGUGGGUGUUUGGGUUUGUCGCGAUCCUCGCCAGGAAUGACUGGGCCUGGUACAUCUUCCUCAUUCUCACCUCCACUCAGGGGUUCACCAUCUGCGCCGCUUUCCUCUUCACUAAAAAGGUAUUCUCCCUCUACAAGGAGCGGUGCUGGUCCAGAAUCUCCAGCAGGUUCAGCCUCAAGAGCACGCUCAAGCAGAGCACGCAGGACACUUCGCUAGCCGUACGCUACGUCAAGAAGGGCGAGAACACCAGUUCAGUGUCUGCCGUGUCUAUGAAAGAGACGGAAAUCGGUCCAGCUGUCGAGCCUUCGGAGACAAACGGGCAAGCAAAACAAGAACCAGUCAGAUACGCAAGGGACGUGAAGAAGCAAGAAGAAGAAAUCGCAAAAGACACUGAGCAAAUUAGUGUAACCUCAGAGAGAGAACAGAUUAACCAAGAACCAGUCAGAUAUGCAAGGGACGUGAAGAAGCAAGAAGAAGAAAUCGCAAAAGACACUGGGCAAAUUAGUGUAACCUCAGAGAGAGAACAGAUUAACCAAGAACCAGUCAGAUACGCAAGGAACGUGAAGAAGCAAGAAGAAGAAAUCGCAAAAGACACUGAGCAAAUUAGUGUAACCUCAGAGAGAGAACAGACUAACCAAGAUCCAGUCAGGUACGCCAAGAAACAAGACGAAGAACGUAAAACAGAAUAA